GCGCAUGCGCCCCACCAAAGUUUAAACCACUGGCGCCGAAAUGGCAGAUCAGCAGCCAAGCACUCACACCUCGUCUCAGGUUCCAUUAGGUGACAUCUUGCAUACAGCCCAGAAUCUGGUGUCAAUGUUGAGCAACACCUUAAGUGUUGGACAACCGAAAGUGGGGAACCAGUCCAAUAUCAGUGUACAGUCAGCAGAAGAAAGAAGGUCCAAGUCAAAUGUGCAGUCAGUUCAGCAGGAAAUGGCUAGGUCAUUUCCUGGAUUCUUCAGAAAGGAAGUGAGGGGUAAAAAACGUUUUGGACCAUAUAAACGGCCACAGAAAACCUUUUUGAUGGUUUUUUUUCUCCUUGACCAACAAUAUGAGAAAACGCCCAAAGGAGAGACAGAAUUACAACUUACACUUGCAGGACUUGGGAGAAGAUCAUUAACUAUAACCGAAAACAUGACUCAUUCAGAGCUAUCAGAGGUGCUUGUUAAUGCAUAUCCAAAACUGGCAAAAGUCUGCGGAGGAUGGUUGCUUCACAAGUGCUCAGGUGGAGGUGGUCAACGGAAAUUGACUGUCAUCCCUCCUGACCCUGAUGGGUAUAAUGGACAGCAAUUAAAAACCGUGAGCAGCAAUGGAAAGAGCACAAUGUAUGUAGUUCCUCUGCAAGAGCAAAUUGACAUAACUCCAUUACCACCUGAUGCAAGGGAAUUCGAAAAAAUGCCCAAAGCCCAGUGUGCACUUUGCAGCAAAAUGGUUCCCCUUCAGUGCCUUCCAGAAUUGGAAAAGUCACCAGAUAUUGAAAGCUGUGAUUCAAAUAUAAAUGAAGUCUGGACAGAGAAGACUGCUGAGUGUCCAUUGUGCAAGAAAUCCUUUGACAGUGAUGUUAUAGAGAUACAUGCAGCCAACUGUGGAUUACGAACUGCAGAAUAUGAUGAUAACGUCAGUGACCCAAUAAAUACACAAAGUUCUGGGGAGAUUCUGAAUUGGAUCGCCAGUAAAGUUGAUCAAACCAACACCUUUUCCAUCUGCAUUUCUCGGAAUGACAUCUACAACAGAGGAAUGCAGCAGUGGCAGCGCCAAAAGAAAUCGACACCAAAAGACAGACUAAAGGUUACCUUUUUUGGAGAAGCUGGGGUUGACUCUGGUGCACUUAGCAAGGAGUUCUUAACAGAAAUGAUUGCAGAGAUUGAAACAAGACUUUUUAUCGCUGGUGUAGAUAAAAAAGGGAAAAAUCCAGUCUAUUGUCUCAACAGCUUGGAUCGUAACUACUUCAGAAGUGCAGGAGAAAUUAUGACUGUCAGUCUAGCACAAGGAGGACCACCGCCGGUUUUUUUGCGCGCGUGGUGUUUCCAAUAUCUUUGCACUGGAGAUUAUGACAGUAUACAGGUGACUACCAGUGAUGUCACAGAUUUAGAAUUCUCCCUGCUCAUUGAGAAGGUUAACUCAACAGAUGACAUGAGUGAGUUUACAGAUGAGAUUUUAAGCUGUGGAUACACUGGUAAAGUGUCUGCUGACAUGAAAAGCAACAUAAUCAGAGCCAUUGUUUUACACUCCACUAUGAGAGUUGUUCCAAUGCUUGAUCAGCUGAGAAAAGGCCUGAAGCUCUACGAUCUCCAGAAAGUCAUGGAAAUGCAUCCAGACUUAUGUCUACCAUUGUUUGUCCCAGGGGAAAAAGAUGACAGGAUGGUGAAGCUGAACAAAUGA